GUCUCUCUCAGUCUUUUAACGCAAAAACAACUUUUGUGGAGGAGAGAAAGCGAGAUAACACACACUACACACACCACACAACACCACACAGAAGAUAUAUACACAUCUUUUCAAUAGUUAAGAGUUUUCUAUAUACAGAAGCAAGUAAGAGAAAAGAGAGAGACUGAUACAAAAGUUAAUAUCUAUCUAUCUAUCUAUCUAUCUCUACUUCUCUCACUUGAAGAAGACUUCUCUUUUUUCCUCUGGGUUUUGUGGUGGGGGUUUUGUCUCUAUAAAAACAUAUAUUUAUAUAAAUUAUAUAAAUAAAUAAGAAGGAAUUAUCAGGUUUUAUAUAAAAUAGCAAAAGAAAUGCAACAGCACCUGAUGCAGAUGCAGCCCAUGAUGGCUGGUUACUACCCCAGCAAUGUUACCUCUGAUCAUAUCCAACAGUACUUGGACGAGAACAAAUCGUUGAUUCUGAAGAUUGUUGAGUCUCAAAACUCUGGAAAGCUUAGCGAGUGUGCCGAGAAUCAAGCAAGGCUUCAACGCAACUUAAUGUAUUUAGCUGCAAUAGCUGAUUCUCAGCCUCAGCCUCCAAGUGUGCAUAGCCAGUAUGGAUCUGCUGGUGGUGGGAUGAUUCAAGGAGAAGGAGGGUCACACUAUUUGCAGCAGCAACAAGCUACUCAACAGCAACAGAUGACUCAGCAGUCACUAAUGGCAGCUAGAUCUUCAAUGUUGUAUGCUCAACAGCAGCAGCAGCAGCAGCAACAGCCUUACGCGACACUUCAGCAUCAGCAAUUGCACCAUAGCCAGCUUGGAAUGAGCUCGAGCAGCGGAGGAGGAAGCAGUGGUCUCCAUAUCCUUCAGGGAGAAGCUGGUGGGUUUCAUGAUUUUGGCCGUGGGAAGCCGGAAAUGGGAAGUGGUGAAGGCAGAGGAGGAAGCUCAGGGGAUGGUGGAGAAACCCUUUACUUGAAAUCAUCAGAUGAUGGGAAUUAAAAAGAGUGUGUGUGUGGCACAAGGAAGCUUAAUGAUGAAGCAGCAGCAGAAGAAGAAGUAGUAAUAGUAGGAGUCUUGAAGUUAGUGUGUUUUGGUUUAGUUGCUUCUUGAAGAAGCAAAGAACUCUUUAUUUACCUUUUUAGUUUUGUUAUUUGCUCUAUGUUUGUGCCCUAAAAAAUGAACCUCUUUCGUGGUGUAAUGUACCAUGUAAAUCUGCUGGCUCCAAGUUGUGUCUUAAUUAAUUAAUCUUAGUAUGUUAUUUCUCUUUA